AAGAGAAGCGAAGGAAGAGAAGCGCGCCACGUUUUCCUUCAAUGGCCGUGGAUGGAUUAGAUCAUCGCCCUUUUGCCCUAACGUGUGGUCAUCACACUCCUCUCUAUUUUCCUUCUCAGUUACCAAACUCUCUCACUCUCUUUCUCUCUCUGCCUGUCGUCUUCUCCCACCAGAUAUUUUUAUUUUCUUCCGUUUUUUUUCUCUACUUUUAAUCCCUUUUUCAUGGGAGGGCAUUCGACUUACACCGGCAGAAUCUAAACCCCCCGAGGAUUGGGAGUUAUCCUCAAUUCAUCUGAUCCUCAGCUCCACCCGAUACACCGUCACAUCUGGCUGGCUACUUAUGCUUCUGAAUAUCCUCCACAAUGACCACUUUGCCUAAGCUGCGUCUUCUCCCGCUCGAUUGCCACCACCAGGCCUGCCAAUUUCCGCCGCGCCGGCGCUUCCUCCGCCCCCGUCUUCCAUGGGUCUCAAUUUCUGUCAGGGGUCGGGAUACGGUUUGGGUUCGUCCGUGCAGGUCUUUCAGGUCCGACGAGGGCUCCGGGGCUGAGGAGAGCGGAAACCGCAGUGUUGGUUCCGCCAGGAGCGUGAACAAAUUAGUGAAUUCGUUUAGGAAUGCUGUCUGGAGGGCUUCGAAGCCGAGUUUGAGAUCGGAUAGGAAAGCUCUGGAGAAGUUGGAAGAAACCCUGUUUUCUAUUUCUAUGUACAUUGGAAGAUAUAUAGUGACAAUGUUGAGUACAGGAGUUAUAUUGUUGAUCGGAUUUCAGCUGUCAGGCGGAAAUGGUCAAAUGAAUGAACUAAUAUGGUACAGUUGGCUUGGUGGGAUAAUUAUCGGAACUAUGAUUGGUUCCAAUAUGGUGAUGGAAGAAGUCAGUCGAUCUGGUCCUCGCAAUGUUGUUAUUACGGGAAGUACACGAGGAUUAGGGAAAGCUCUGGCGCGCGAAUUUUUACUUUCAGGUGACCGGGUUGUUGUUACUUCUCGCAGCGCCGAAUCAGUUGACACAACGAUCAAAGAAUUGGCAGAGAAUCUGCAACAAGUCAUAAUUGCUACUGGUGGCUCAUCUCAAAAACAUUUAGAGCAUGCAAAAGUAGUGGGAAUUCCGUGCGACGUCUCUAACCCUGAUGAUGUUAGAAAGCUAUCAAAGUUUGCUGUUGAUGAAUUUGGUUCUAUUGAUAUAUGGGUGAACAAUGCGGGGACGAACAAAGGGUUCCGGCCCUUACUGGAGUUUGAUGAUGACGACAUCCUACAGAUUGUGUCUACAAAUCUGGUUGGUUCAAUAAUUUGCACCCGUGAAGCCUUACAGACCAUGGAAGCCCAAAGAAAUGGCGGCCAUGUUUUUAACAUGGAUGGUGCGGGAUCGGGAGGUUCAAGCACGCCACUGACAGCUGUCUAUGGAUCGACAAAAUGUGGUCUUAGGCAGCUCCAAUCGUCACUUCUUAAGGAAUCCAAGAAGUCGAAAGUUAGAGUUCACACGGCCUCACCGGGCAUGGUCCUGACAGAUUUGCUAUUAAGUGGCUCAAGCAUUCAAAACAAGCAGAUGUUCAAUAUCAUCUGCGAGCUUCCCGAGACUGUCGCACGAACCUUGGUCCCGAGAAUGCGAGUUGUCAAGGGGAACGGGAAGGCCAUCAACUAUUUGACUCCCCCGAGGAUUUUGCUCGCUCUAGUCACCGCAUGGCUGAGGCGCGGUCGCUGGUUUGACCACCAGGGCCGGGCACUGUAUGCUGCUGAGGCUGAUAGGCUCCGCAACUGGGCUGAGAGUCGAACACGAUUCUCAUUUACGGAUGCGAUGGAGAUGUACACCGAGAACACUUGGGUGUCGGUUUUUUCGCUGUCGGUGGUGUGCGCAUUCAUCAUCCUGUCGAGCACAAACAGCGGAUCGAUGCCCGGUACUUGAAUCCCGGCUGACCGGAGAAGCCUUGCUGCUGCAUCUGCUCUAAGAAAUGAAGAGCUGAAAAUGGUACAGGUGCAUAUGGUUUUACUAAAUUUGCUCAAGAAUGAUCGAUGAUUGGUUGGGUGAAUUAAAAGUGGUCUUUUGUAAAGAGGCUGGUUUAGGUUGCUGGCUUCUUUUUAAUUUUAGCCUCUGUAUGAUCGAUCACUAUAUGUCAUUGUAUCUAUUUAUUCAUUUGGUGGGAAGAAGAAGAAGGUGAUUAUGUGGAAUUAAAUUACAUUUAGAAUGUAUUGAAAUUGAAUGAAGAUUAUUAUUCCCACGAAA